AUAAUGAAAAUACACCUCCCAUAAUCCUUCACUCACGUAAACAUCAACCAGAUGAUACUACAGCUGGAGCUUCUGAACCGAUUCACAUGAAAUGACACAAAAGAGACUCCGAGGUCCCGGUUCGGUUCGGCGGAACGCACUGAUUUAAAACCCUUGAGAUGAGUAAAACAGACCGGAAAGACAGAAGCUUUUCAUUUGACAUGCGUUUAUACAGCUAACGCGGGCCUGAAUGAGAUGAUGUGGCCUUUAAGUUAGCUGUCAGGCUAAAGUAAAAGCCCAUCAGCUGUUCGCAUUGCAUUCAGACAAAAUGAUGUAGCUGGAUGUGAACCCGGGGAAAGGGACAAGACAUUAGCGACAGGAUGAAUCUAAAGAGGUCACGGAGUGUCGGAGCUUCUUCCUCGCUCAAUGGACUGGGAAAACAAGAUGGCGAGUCCAGACGGAGGAGGAAGAUGGCGGAGAUCACGCAGGCCCUGAACAUGACGCCCGUGGACGUGGCCGCUCUGAGGCGAAUGGCCAUCAGUGAAGGAGGUCUGCUGACCGAUGAGAUCCGCCGUCAGGUGUGGCCGAGGCUGCUCAACGUGUCUGUGGAAAACAUACCUGAGGAACUAGAGACGGUCGAUCGAGACAAUAACAAGGACUUCAACCAAGUGCUUCUGGACGUUCAGAGAUCCCUCAGACGCUUCCCUCCAGGGAUGCCAGACGAGCAGCGGGAAGGACUUCAGGAGGAGCUGAUUGAUAUUAUUCUGCGGGUGCUCGUGAAAAACCCUCAGCUGCACUAUUAUCAGGGUUACCAUGACAUCGUGGUGACCUUCCUGCUGGUGCUCGGGGAACGACUCGCCACUGCCCUGGUGGAGAAACUCUCCACUCACCAUCUCAGGGACUUUAUGGACCCCACUAUGGACAACACCAAACACAUCCUGAACUACCUGAUGCCCAUCAUCGAGCGAGUCAACCCUGAAGUGUAUGACUUCAUGCAGCAAGCUGAAGUCGGCACCAUUUUUGCCCUCAGCUGGCUCAUCACCUGGUUCGGACACGUGCUGUCAGAUUUCCGCCAUGUGGUCCGGUUGUACGAUUUCUUCCUGGCCUGCCAUCCCCUGAUGCCUAUAUACUUUGCUGCUGUGAUCGUGUUGCAUCGAGAGGAGGAGGUGUUGGACUGUGAGUGUGACAUGGCCAUGAUGCACCAUCUCCUGUCUCGUAUCCCAGAGGACCUACCGUACGAAACGCUGAUUAGCCGCGCGGGAGAUCUGUUCGUUCAGUUUCCUCCAUCUGAGCUGGCCAGAGAGCGCAGUCAGCAAACCGCUGUCUCCACCUUCAAAGACUUUGAGUUGGCGUCGACUCAGCAGCGUCCAGACACAGUGCUCCGGCGGAGAAGGAUAGAGCAGCAGCAGCGCACCCUGGAGGCCCAGCGCAGCACUGUAGCGGUCGUCCAACCCACGGCGCGACGUUUCAUGCGGCUGGCGGUCAUGGGUUUGACUGUGGCGCUGGGGGCCGCAGCUUUGGCUGUGGUAAACUCUGCCCUGGAAUGGGCUCCUAAGCUAGACUUACUCUUCCCGUGAAGGAGCCAAUCAACAGCACAGUGUCUCAAUUUGAGGACUUUAUUUAAGGACUAAAUAUUUGUUAUUUUGCCUUUUUUUUUUUUUUUUUUUUUUUAAUAUUUAUACUUGUGAACAAGUCAGACUAAUGAAUAAAAUAUUGUGCUUAUAGUUAUUCUAAUUGAACAAGCUUUUUUUCCUAGAGUCUAAAGUGAAACGAUAAAAACGUUUCCAGGAUCCACUGAAGACAAGCGGCAGUCCUUGUGUUGAGAUAAAUGUACAGUAGAGGUAUGUACACUCCACAGCUCAUUCAUGAAACACGAUCGGAGCGGAUUUUUGUGUAAAUCAUCUGUAGGAACAUUCUUUGUGAGUCUUUUUACAUAAGAACGCUUUUACGAAUAAUUGAAAUUCAUGUACAAAACAGCAUUCAUGUACAAUGUUCAUAAAACAAUUUUUAUGUAAAUUGUCACAUUUAAUUGUAUACAACAAUUUAGUAAUUAUAGUUUUCGUUUUCAAAGUUCAUAUACACUGAUCAUAAAUCAGUUUUUAUGGAAAUUGUAAUUUUGAAUCGAAUGCAAUAAUCUAGUUUUAGUUUGGUUCUGUUUAAAAAAUAUGUAAGUGUAAUAAGUAUAUACAUUUGAAAUUCAUCUAUAAAAACAUCGAUUGUCAAGCUAAUUGUCACAUUUAAUUAAAUGCGAAAAUUUACAUAAGAAUAACUUGACAAACACUGUACAUUUUUGUUGUUUUUGUACAUGAAUUUCAAAACAAAAAUGCUCUCAAACUAUCAUAGUUAUGUAAAUUGUCACAUUCCCUUAAAUGUGACAGUUCUGUCAAACUAAAACUGUCUUACAUACAAUAUACAUGUUGUUUUGCAUGUGAUUUUCAAAACAAAAACUCACUUAAACUGUCAUUACAUUGUUGAAUUCAAUUCAGUGUUACAGUUUACAUAAAAAAUGUUUUAUGAGCAAUGAACAUGAACUUUUAAAACAAAAGCAAGGCAUAAUUGCUAAAUUGUUGCAUUCACUUCAAUGCAAAAAUUAUAUAAGAAUGAUUUUACAAGUACAUAACGAUAGUUUAAGGUCAUUUUACAUUCGUGUACUGCUCAUAAUAUAUUUUUUUAAGUAAACUGUGACUGAAUUGAAUGCAACAACUAGUAAUGAUAAUUUUAGUUUUUGUUUUAAAAUUCAUGUACAAAAUAAUAUUCAUGUAUAAAUUGUUUGUUAAACAAUUUUUACAUACAUUUUCAGACUGAUUUUACUGCAACAAUUUACGUAAAAAUGCUUUUGUACAUAGUUUAAGGGAGUUUUUGUUUUGAAAUUCAUCUACAAAAACAUUCACAUUUGUGAAACAAUUUUUCUGUAAAAUAUCAAAGUGAACUGAAUACAACAGUUUACGCAAAUAUGCAUUUAUGAAUGCUGUACAAGUCCUUUGUAAAACCAUCUUCUUUGGGACAAUUUACAUUUAGUUUUUAUGAGCAAUGUAAUGUUUUGGUUAUUGAAAUUCACUUACAAAAACCUUUGAUAUACAUUGUAAAGUCAUUCUUAUGUAAAUUAAUAAAAAUGGCUUUACAAAUUAUUUAUGCAGAAAUUUGCUUAACUUGUGUUUCAUGAUUGAGCUGCCAUGUGUUUUAUUUAAAAACAACAACAACAAAACUAAUAUACUGUAAUGAGACCAAAAUAUUUUUAGAACCCCGUUUGUAGAAUUGGCGGUUUAAUUUGACUGGUUCAGGACCCCUUAUGGGUGGGCUCUAAUUCAUGUGUACGUAAUAUCUUAGAUAAGAUACGAUUAUAAAACAGCAGUGAACAAAAAGUCUUUUUUUUUUUUUUUUUUUUAUAUUCAUGUUUUUGAAGUUACUUUUUUUCCCACUACAUUUCAGUUUUUUCUUCUCCAAAUCACCUUAAUUGCAGUAUUUUUUCUUUUUUUGUCACAAGUGCUAAUUUUAGUACAUAAUGUGCAGUUUUCAUGAAUCUCUGAGCUGGAAUUGAAACCACUUCUAAGUAACUUCAGCUGAUCCACAAACUUGAGAUAUCUUGAUUCUGGAGUGUGUAAAUGGUGAACGUGAAAAACUUAAAAGUAGUUUCUGUAAUUUACUCCAGAUCAGUGUUGAAUCAUGGCACAUUGUUGUUUUUAUUGUUUAAAUGCUGUUCACAACUGAUCGUUUCCACUAAACAACAACUUCUAAGCUUAAAGUAACAUUCAAGUGCAUAUUUUCUAUUAUUCUUAUAUUGCUUGGUUGAAAACUACCUUGAAUCACGAUUUAUUAAAAUAACAUGCUGCCAUCCACACAAUACUACUGUUUAUGACAACAUAAUCACUGCUUUGAUUUUGCAUUAAUUUUGCACUAAAGAAUAUGCUUCUUUCUUAUUUUUUGCACUUUGAGAGAUUGUUAUAAGUUGUCUCUGGUUCACUCAAGUUAAUGUCUCACAUUUGAUCAUGUUGCUAAAUAUGUUUAAAUAAAAAGAAAAGUAAAAUGGUCUGUGUAAAAGAGAUUGGUUCAUUUGGAUAAAUUCAGCACUGCGUUUUAUGUAAAUUAUAAUUUAUAUUAAGAAGUUUAUUUUUAAAAAGUCAUUUGAAUUAGCUCCAUUUAUUUGUAUACCAGCUUUAUUGAAUCAUAAAAUAUUGUAAACAAAAAAGAACAGAAUGAUAUUGCUUUGACAUGUUAAAAAAAAAACAACAAAAAAUGACAAUUGUGUUUUUCAUUUUUCAUUUGAUUACAAUCUGCUCCAUUUUA